AUGUUAAGAAAUGGUGUCUAUAGAGCAUGUGCUCGUCGUACAGUGGUUAAUGGUGCAAGAUCCAAUCUAACUAUUGGUUUAAUCCCUGGAGAUGGUAUUGGUAAAGAGGUUAUCCCUGCUGGUAAAAAAGUAUUAGAGACUAUUGGUGAUAAGUAUAGUAUUGAUUUUAAGUUCAUUGAUCUCCAUGCUGGUUGGCAAACAUUUUUAGAUACUGGUAAGGCCUUACCAGAUGAAACGGUUUCGAUUUUAAAGCAACAAUGUCAGGGUGCUUUAUUUGGUGCUGUUCAAUCCCCAACUACUAAAGUUGAAGGUUAUUCUUCACCAAUCGUUGCAUUGAGAAAACAAUUGGGGUUAUAUGCUAAUAUUCGUCCUGUUAAAUCAGUAUCUGGAACCAAUGACAGACCAGUAGAUAUGGUUAUUGUGAGGGAAAACACAGAAGAUUUGUAUAUUAAAGAAGAGAGAACCUAUAUUGAUGAAGCUACUGGUACUAAAGUAGCUGAGGCUACUAAAAGAAUUUCAGAAGUAGCUACAAGAAAAAUUGCAAAGAUUGCUUUAGAUAUUGCUUUGCAACGUUUAAAGAAUACAGGCAAAGCUACAUUAACGGUAACCCAUAAAUCAAACGUCUUAUCCCAAUCAGAUGGUCUUUUUAGAGAAGUCUGCAGAGAUGUCUAUGAAAAGAACAAGGAUCUAUAUGGCAAUGUCAGUUAUAAUGAACAAAUUGUAGACUCUAUGGUUUAUAGGAUAUUCAGAGAACCUGAGUGCUUUGAUGUAGUUGUUGCCCCAAAUCUGUAUGGUGAUAUUUUAUCAGACGGUGCAGCCGCAUUAGUAGGUUCGUUAGGUGUAGUUCCUAGUGCUAAUGUUGGUCCAGAUAUUAUUAUCGGUGAACCAUGCCAUGGCUCUGCUCCUGAUAUUUCUGGCCAAGGUAUCUCUAAUCCUGUUGCAACAAUUAGAUCAGCUGCUUUAAUGUUACAAUUUUUGGGUUACAACGAAGCAGCAAAAGAUAUCCAAAAUGCUGUUGAUGAAAAUAUUAGAUCUGGUAAAAUCAAGACACCAGAUUUGGGUGGUGAUUCUUCAACUACUGAAGUUACAGAUGAUAUACUAUCAAAACUAUGA